AUGAGAGGAAAUAAUAUCAAAUUCAUACUUAUUUUAGCGAUGGCCUAUUUUGGAUUGAAAUGGAGAUAAAUUACUAUUUUAGAAGUCAUUACCACUUCACUGUUUUUCUCCAUAACAUAUGUUACUUUUACAUUCUUUACAAAAAAUAAGGCAAAGCUUUACUAUUAGCAUAAUUCUAAGAAUUAAAAGAUAAUAGAAAACUGUCCAACAAUCAAAUCUUAGAGAUACUAGCCUCCUUUCUUAUUUUAAUAAAGUUUCAUCUAGUUACUAGCAUUUUAAAUAUUUGUUGGACUUAAGAAAAAUUUGAAAUUCAGCAAAGAAAAAGUAGUUGAUCCUCAGGGUAAUAUUGAGGGAAUAAGUGUAUCAUGGCCAGAAGAUUUAAAUAAGAGAUAAAUAAAGAGACCAGAUGUUUUAUUUUUUGUCUUGCCAGGACUUACAGGAGGAGACACAGAUAGCUAUAUUCAUCAAUUGGUAGAUCAUAUAUUUUCCUAAGGAUAUAGAUCUGUGGUUUAUAACUACAGAUUAUUAAGCCACGAACUUAGUUUCGAAAAAACUAAAGAUCACAUUAACUUAAUUACUGAUUUAAGACUGACUAUUGAGUAUAUCAAAAAGCAAUAUCCUUAAUUUAAACAUAUAGUAGCAAUUGGUCACUCAUAUGGUGCUAAUUAAAUAGUUAACUAUCUAGGAAAAUAUAACAGCGAUCCAAUAAUUAAAGCAGCCGCCUCUGUUGCAAAUCCCUAUUGUAUGAGUAUUUCUUCAAAAUUUAUAGUAGGCACUAUUUAUGACUGGUUUUUAGCCAGAUUGCUAGCUAACAAGUUAAAAUCUGUAUAAAAUACAUUUGAUCUUGCCCCAAAAGAAUGGGGAAUUAACAUGGAAAAAGCAUUAAAUGCAACAACUUUGUAUGAAUUUGAUAAUAAUAUCACAAUAAAAUUCUAUGGAUACCCAACUGUAGAUACAUAUUAUAGAAAAUUUGGCUGUAUCAAUGAAAUACUUAAUGUCAGUGUUCCUCUUUUUUGCUUAAGUGCAAGUGAUGAUGAUAUCGCUCAUUAGAAAGCUUUACCAAGAGAUGAAGCCCUUGUCAACCCAAACAUCAUUUUAAUGGAAACUGAUAAGGGUUCUCAUGUUGUAUGGUUAGAAGGUAACAAUCCUUUUAAUAUGAAGUGUUGGUAUCCUAAACCCGUGCUAGAAUUUAUGAAUCAUGUUAUUUCAGAAUUAAAUUGA